AUGUCUUUUAGUAGGCAUGCCUACCGGCAUGCUAUGAAGCCACCUGCUUCAUCUACUUCCGACCAUCUGUGGAUCAGUGACGACCUGCUCGCAACGACCUUCCGACAUUUCGCGAACGGCCAGCGCCGCCAUGGAAGCUGUGUGCCUGGUCCCUUGGAGGCGCGAAGGCGUCUUGCGAAGAGAAGAAAUACCGCUCUAGCCGGUAUUGGGGGAGUCGAAGAUAUCGCGUGCCUGUUUGGUCGUAAUGGGAGGGAGCACAUGAAGUGGACCGAUCAUCCAUGGCAGAGAGCGCAACUCGAAACCCAGGACCUUCGCAGUUACGCAAUUGCCUCGCAUGAGGUUCCCCUACCGUUCUACGAUCACAACCCCGAACCGAUUGACUCGCAUGUCUCUGACAACCCUUGUGUAACCCCAGACGCGGAACCGAAAACCAAGGAUGAGGUUUGGAUGGAAUUCCUCAACAAAAAUGACUGGGGAAUGGAAGAUGCCCGAGACUUUGCACGGUAUCUGAAAAUCGACCUACAACGAGAACCAGAAUACAGCCAGCAAAUAUUCAAAAAGCUCCUCACGCGAUCAACAACAGACUUGACACAGGCUAUCCGAUUUCUCGACGACCCUUUCUUAAAUACUCGAGGAUCCGGAAACUACCUUGCCGCUGUGGAAUUGUUCGCCAAAAAGAAAUCAACCCGAUCCAACCGUACUGCCGUGCUCUAUGCAGUAACUCGUGCACUGGAACUGGGCUUGGUUCCUACGGAAGAAAUAUGCUUGAUCAUCAAAACUCUUCCAAACAUCAUCGUCGAACGUAAUAAGACCCUGGGUUCGUGGGACCAGAAAGCGUUGCUGAAGCACUACCGAGCUAUGUGGACAGCCAUUGGACGGUGUAACAUUCUCGGCUACCACGACCUUGAAAAGGAAGUGACAGAUACCUGGUUACAACAGCUCCUGAGUAUUCGGGGCUUUCGUUUUGCGGAAGAAAUCAUCGUCGCGACUCAUAGCGCCAGCUCGGAUGACUACUGGCCCUCGGCAAUGGUCAUGGCGUGGUUGAAGGCCCUCGAUGCUGACUGUGCGGCCAAGUGUGUUAUUAACGUGACCCAGCUCUUGACUCUCGCCGUGCGGGAAGGCAAGGGCCGAAACCAGCAGCUUGAGCGAUGGCGCGAAUUUUUAACAAGCUUAUCAAGUAUCGAGGCUAUUGCAAGCUCGCGGAUUUGGUUGGAUCUGCCUCUUGCCUACGCUGAGAUACCCCGCAAGACCACGUCACCUCCGAUAUUGACGGAUCGACCCAUUUACUUAUUGUUUGGCCUCUUUGAGACGACAGUACGGAACACAGAAGGAUCCUUCCUCGCAGACCUCAUGCGCGGGGUCCAGAGCCUCGGCAUUCCACACAACAAUCUUCUCCAGCUAGCAGUCGAUCUCAAGCUGAGAAAGUUGACUACAAAAUUCACCCGCAGAACCCUCGAGCGACUAGAGACCUCCCAGACUACCCUGGCAGAAGUUUGGACAAAACCAGCCGAAUACAAUGGAAUCCGGGCUCUUUUCUAUGGUACAUUCGACCGCAUGCUUCGCCGCGUGGACCUCACUAGCCCAGCCAUGAUGCAAGAGUGCCUCCGCCUCGCCAGAGAGGGAGAUCCAAAGAGCGUUUGGUCAAUUCUUAGACUACUCGACAACCACAUUCCGUUCAAGAUAUGUCUAAACAAAGCCUGGGUCCCCAUCCCACAUCCGGACGACAUGGCCCUCGUGCGUUACCACCCUGGCCCUAGAGACAGCCAAUGCCCAGAUCCUUACAUCGCGGUCGAUUUGAUCCACCAACUUGCCGUCGCACUGUCCUGCUCCACACAGCUGAAUCCCUCUCGAUCAUUCCAUCUGAUCCACUGGCUCUACGACUAUCUGCGCAAACACGGCGGUCCUGUGUAUCCGUCUCUGGUGCGUGCUAUGUACCAUGCUGGCGUUGUGCGUUUCCGACGUCAGGGGCUUCGUGUUUCGGCUACGCGGUAUGAGUAUAUUCUUUGGAUCAUGGAGAAGUUCGAAGGGCGUGCCGUUGUGAAGGAACUGACCGCCGGGCCUCAAAUUGGGCGGUCCUACCAUGGCCAGCCGUGA